AUGUCUCAUUUGAACUACUUCAGCUACGAGGGUUACGGUCAGAGGAGCAAACAAGAUUUAUGGUACAGCCAGGCUGUUCGAGUUGGAGAUGUCAUUGAAUGUUCUGGUCAAGGUGGAUGGGACCGCUCGACCGAAGCGAUGAACUCCGAUAUUGUUGCUCAGAUUGAGCAGGCUUUUGAUAAUGUGGAGCAGACACUCCAAACCUCCGGUUCGAGGGGCUGGCAAGAUGUGUUUUCCGUCAGAUCAUAUCAUGUGCCGAUGAACGACGAGGCGUUGAAGACUAUGGUCAGGUGUUUGAAGAAGUACUGUCCAGAUCAUCAGCCAAUUUGGACUUGUAUUGGGGUUCCGAACCUUGCAUUUGAUGCGAUGAAGGUGGAGAUUGAAGUUAGGGCUCAUGUGCCAGCAGAGAAGAAGGAAAAUACAACGGCUCGCAUCAUGGGUACCGCCAGUAACGUUUUCCAAGCAAGCAGGAAAAUCUAUGGCCAAGGCAAGGAAAUCCAUGGGAAAAUCCAGGGAGUCCAGCAACAAGCAAAAACCCUCGGAGUCUCUCUACCCAAAGACGCACCCAGCAUUCCCCGAAACCGCGCCGAAUUCAAGAGAGAAGCCAAAGGCCACGCACGAGGUUGUGUGUGCGGAGUAUGGACUGGACUUAAGGCCGAAGCUAAGAAAUACAUCACUUACGUCGGCUCCCUUUUGCUCUUUGCCGUUAUCUCCAUCGGUCUUGUGUGUUUUCUCAUUCCGGCGCUGUGGUAUCAUCCGCAUUUGCAACUCCUCACUUUGACGACAAAGGCAAAGGCGAUAUUGUCUGAUACUACGAGGGGAGGAAACUUGAAUGCGACGGAUGGGGAGAGUGUGCACUAUAGAGUCUAUUUGUUGCAUUACUGUGUUUCUGGUCUUACUGCGAAGGCGGAGAAGCAGUUUAAUAUGACGAAUGGCUGUCAUCUCUCAAAGCAAGCAUUACACGAGCACAUUCUCCCUGCCCUCAGCUCCACUUUCAUGCCUCCCCUUCCUGGAAAUGAUGUCCCAGGCCCCAGCACGGAUAUUCAGACUCUGUUCAAACAUUAUGGAUACAUAUCUUUCUGCCUCUACAUCCUUGAUAUUAUUCUAUUACCCAUUGUUGCAGGUGGAUUUAUCUGGUGGUUCAUCAGCACCGUGACUCCCUGGAAACGAACCUUCAGAGCUGUUCUUUGCUUAUUCACAGGCACUCUCCUCGCCCCCGCAGUUUUACAAUCACUUCUGGUCUCCCACACCAUCUACAUCCUCAAACACAACAUCGACAUGAGCACCUCCAGCCUCAAAAUCACCGUCGAACCCGGUUUCGUCUAUCUGUUCCUCAUCCACCUCUUCUGGGUCGCCCUCCUCUUCAACAUUAUUUGUUUCCGCCUCAUAGACAUGUGUCGAGAGAAGAGAAAGAAUAGAAAAUUACGUCAGGUUCAAGAAACUCUCGAAGCUCAGAAUCAGCAGGAUCCUUAUGGUGAUGCGUAUAAGGGUCAUGUUGUCGCUACAGAUACUUUAUAUGAUACGAAAUCUUAUGAAAUGGAGGAAUUUCCUCAUACAAAGCAAAGUGUGGGUAUUGCACGGAAACCUGUCAAGAUGAACUACUCGUAUGACAAUGGCGAUUUGGGAGAUAGGAAAUUGGAGAUGUGA